AUGUACCUGCCCAUGGGAGACCUCAUCAUUACAUCAUCAGGGAGCACCUCCACCUCUGUGGUCAUCAUGGACCUCAACAGGAAGAACAAGGUGUACACCUGGAAAAUCCACAAGCCCUUCUGUGCACUGCUGGUGUCCUGCGGGGACUACAUAGGCAUGCUGAAGCUGGAGCAGAGAGGAGCUUGGCAAGAUAUGCUCUUCACAUACACUGCCAAGCUCUCCAUCACCAUCUACAACCCCUUCUUCAGACAGGUAAUGAUCGGCUGUGGUUGUGUGGGACGUGGAGACAGGGACAAAGUUUCUCCAGCUGAACAACGUCCACGGGCAAGAGGAGAUGACAGGCAUGUCCUUCGACACCAUGCAGAUACGGCUCAUCACAGGAACGGCACCAUUAAGGUCUGGAACGUUCAGAAUGGCCACAAUCUUUACAAGCUGGAGCCUGUAGCAGAAGCAGAGGUGACCAGGGUCCUCUGUUACCAGGACCACAAGUUCCUGGCUGUUGGGUGGAGCCGCCAACUAGCACUGUAUAAUACCACAGACCACAGGAACACCUAUGUGGUGGCGGAUCUGUCCUGGAGGGGUGGGCAGCUCCACAAGGAGGAUAUCCUGGCUGCAGACUCCUGUCCAGUCCUGGAGCUGCUCGCUACGGCCAGCUUCGACGAGGACAUUAUCGCCUGGAACACAGAAACGCAGCAAGUCCAAGCUCAGGGUCCCUUGAAGAAGCCUUCUUUGCUGUACAGCUGGAGAGCUCACGACAGCACUGUGGUGAGCGUGGAGCUUCUCAGCUACGAUUCAGAGUCCUUCCUAAAAAACGCCUCUGCAGAUAAGACCGCGUGGCUCUGGACUUCUGAUGGGAAGUACAUGGGGACCAUUGGGCACGAGAAGUGGAUCCUGAAAAACCCAGCAACGUACCAGCACACCCAGUAACUGACACCUGUGUUUCAGACCAUACAGAUAUGGAAUGAAACUUGAAAUAGUGCCUUUUGUAGACAGUACAUUAUGUGACAAGGUCAUUCUUAUAACCAGGACUGGGUGCAGGAAUUCCCUUCCCCUCAUAUUUGUGUUCUUUUUUCUCAGAACUGGUCAUGUACAGUGCCUUUUCACUGCAAACCCUGUGGAGUUGAACAACUUUUGUUUAAUUAUUAUUCAUUGUUUUUGUAAGUGGAUGUGGCAGGAAUAGGUGUGUUCUCCUAAUCUGGAUGCAAUAACAGUAUAAAGCAUUGAAAUGAUAACAGGGUCCCAUGGCAGUCCUGUAUUGAUUUCCUGUAUGCUGGGUGUGAGUCUUGUUUUUCUGCUUCUGGCUGACAGAUGACUCCAGAAGCUUGUGUGGUUUGUCAGUGAAAUCACACAUCAUGGCACAGAAGUGAAAGCAUAAACAGAAAGCUAGCACUAUGGGAGGGACAAGACAUACCAGUAACUUAUUUACAAAUCCCUCCUAAUGAAAACCAAAGAGAGCUUUAAAACAUGCUUUAUAUAUACUGUAUACACACACACACACACACACAUAUAUAUAUAUAUAUAUAUAUAUAUAUAUAUAUAUAUAUAUAGCUGCUAGUUUGAAGGCCCACAUAUAAUUACAGUUAAACUGAAACAGAUGAGAAAUCACAGAUAGGUCAAUAGAUAUGGAUGAAGCAAGUCGCCCAUUAUUCCCUGUACUGUUGGAACGGAAUGUUAUUGUUGCUGGAAGCCAAAACCCCAUGGCACCUGGACCACAAAUUGAAACUGAAAUGUAAAAGUACGCCUACGGACAAGGAAAUGAGAGCGGAUUCAAUAGAAAAACACUCGACAUCUGGAAACAGAUAUAACAUUGGCCAUGCCAGGAGAUUAAUAGCAACAACAAAUCAUUUGCAAUAUUUUACCAUGGUAUAGUCUCACAUGCCUUUCCAUGCUUUUACAGUCCUUUACUGUUCUUUACCAAGGUGACCUGAGUUUGUUUGUUUGGUUUUUUUUAUCAUAGUUCCCAAUGAUUUACCAUGCUUACCUGUGGAUGGCUACACUUUGACAUGCUUUUACUGUGGUUUACCCCUAGUAAACCUUUAUAAGGGAUGACCUGGGCUAAUGCAAAAUGA